GUUCUUCUGGAAUUGGCCCGUUUGAUCUUCGCCGAUCAAUCAGAUAUCACUCGACUGAUUUACACGAUCCUAAUGCACAGUCAAUCUCUCCUCACUUGUCAACGUUGUCAAAUUCUCCUCGUCAGUGACCUCAAGGAUGAUACACCCGAUUCCGACGUCUUCGACGAAGCCUACGAUUAUACGUGGAAGGAUCAAGAAUCGGCAUUUGAUGAAAUUCUGCAACGAAAGCAUGGCAUCGGAGCUAGGGGUGCUCUGGAUGUCCUUUUUCUCUGA